UCCAUGGUCUUAAGCACAUAUUCCUUGGACGAUUUGUAGGCGACUGCGACAACUUUCAAUGGUAAUGGUGACACCUAACACAUUGCCUCCAAACACAAAUUCAGAUGACGAUGGAUCCUCGCCAGCUUCUGUGCGUGCUGCACCCACAUCCACUUUAUUGUUGGAUGCCAAGCGAAAGAGCGCUUUUCUGCCGUAUCGACCACAGUCUACGGUCUUGACUAAUCUUCAACGGGGUAACACAGAGGCUACAUUCUGUCCGGUGGAGGUGACACUAUCGUUUCACGAACGAGCCGGUCAGGGUGAGAUUACAGAGGAUCAAGUAAAGACCGAGCUGGGAAGACAUCAGAAUAUUGACUUUAAAGAUGCCCACGAUUUCACACCUCUCCACUGGGCCGCUUCAUAUGGUCAGCUGAAUUCCGUUCAGCUGUUGGUGUCUGCUGGUGCCAAAGUAAAUAGUUUAGCCCCAGAUUUGAUUAGUCCUCUUCUGUUGGCAGCUGCCGGUGGACACAACGAGAUUGUGCGCUUUCUUCUGGAGCGCGGUGCUCAUUCCAAUCAUAUGGAUAUUGUGGGAAAUACGGCAUUGAUGUAUGCCGCGGCCGGCAAUCAUCCCCAUACAUGCAACGAGCUGCUCGCCAGAGACUUGGAUUUUAGUGCCACCAACGAGAAUGGAGAGACAGCCUAUGCCUUGGCCGUGGAACAUGGUGCACAUCUGGCUCAGGCUUUGUUGGAGCAGUAUAUGACUGCCAUAUUGACAGCAGGAACUUUUGGAGGCAUUUAAUUUAGUUGUGUAAAUAAUAUUUUUGUUAAUUAGUAUUUAAUGCUUGCCCUGAAAACGGCAUUAGUUUAAGUUUCUGUGUCUGCAUCACUUCUCUUUACCCAUUUUUAAUCUAUUUUUAUUGAACUUUU